AUGCCGUCGACGAGGCGAGGCCAGUGCGCGAAGGAUUGCGGGUGCAUAUUGUGUCGCGAGUUGAAAGGCUGCAAGAUGAGCGGUGUCGAAGUGCAGCAACAGGUCGGCAAUGAAGACGCGAACUUCAUCCUGCGACGAGCCGUGCCCUUCUUGCCGAAACCGCCCGCGCGGAGGGAGCGGCAGGAAGACGCGAAGCACGAGGAUUACGAGAGGAGCUCGACCUUGGAGGACAGAAGUCGCUGCGGCGGUCAAACGGCUGCGAACGACGCUCGGGAUUUAAAAGCAAGGACGCGCGGCAACGACACCGGGAAAGUAGCAAAGGACGUCGGCCACAAGACGGUCAUCUACUUCGGCGACUCGAAUCCGAGGCAGAGAGAGGACAAGACGAGGCGACCGCCGCCGUUGCCGGAGGCACGCAUGCGAGUGGCAUCAAGGUGCAACGAGGACCGCGAGACGUCGUUGCGGGUGCGGGAUGGCGAGACGCCGACUUUCCGUGAUCCAAUGCAGGAAGGCGAUAAGGGUGAUGGCGAACUAGGAGAGUCCACGAUAGAAAACGGUGAUCCCAAGACCGUGCACGAGAUCGUGGUGAGCAUCAGCCCCAGCAGAGAGGAUGUACUGAGGAUAGAGGAAGACGAGAGUCAGCUGGAGGACUAUUGGUCCUUGCCGGGGGACACGAGCGGGUUCAAGGCAGAUUGGAGCUUCGUGCAGCAGUGGCGGCUGAGGGGGCCAAACGGCGGCAACAACCGUGAGAUCUAUUGUCCUCCUUAUUCUAAGGAUUUUACUGAAAAUUCCCCUAAAAACGGGGUUCACGACAUGGUCCAUAUGAUACCGGAAAGGGAUACAGAUAGUGUGGCACCGACACCUACCCCACAGCACCCUCGUCACUCCCAACAUCAUCAUCUCAGUUUACAUGAACUUCGUGCACUUCAGAGGCGGCCAGAAUGUACGGGCAACAGCUCUUCUGAUGAGAAUCGAUCGUCCGGACAUGCGAGCAUGUCGGACACCGGUGGCCACACCAGCAGCAGUUCACCACCGCAUCGUCACCACAGGGCCCACAGUCCUCAGCAACUGAACGCUGUACCCGAGGACGACCGACUUUCGGCGUCGGUUACUCAGAGAAAUGGCAGAAGUCGAUCCGGUCAAAGCCGUAACCGGCACCGAGCUACGCCUGCUAAGCUGCAGGUACCAUGGUCGGGUUCUGGCCUGGAAGACAUAAAGCUGGCGAUUCAGCAGUUGACGAUGCGCUCGCACAAGUCCUCGUCUACGUAUUCCUCGCUAAGCGGCUCGGAGAGUUCAGAGCCUGCUGUGAGGAGGCUGAUGCGGCACUCCAGUCUCGAGACGAUCAACACCAAUGUCACCAGCGCAGAUGAGUUCGUCUGGGUGGAUUCUCACAAUCGUCUGGUGGAGUUGCAGCAGCUACCUUGGACCCAUCACGACGUGCUGCGCGUGCUUCAGAACGGUCGCACGAGAGAGCACAUGGAACAGGUCUCGAUGGAGACGAUCCCGCGGCUUUCUUAUUUGCUGCAGCGCGCACUAGUCAGGAUCGGUCGCGAAACUCAGAGAUUGGCGAAGCCUAUAGGUCUCUGCAGCAAGCACGAGGUGUACAGCGCUUUUAAGAUUGUACUCUGUCCGGCUCUAGCGGAUUCUUGCACGAAGGCUUGCCUUCGAGCUGCAGCGAUGUUCGCUGUAUCCGGCGAUCAGCUGAAACAAUCGAAGGCAUCCCGUUCGGGGCUGCAAUUGCCGGUCGGGCGUUUCUUACGCUGGAUGUCCGACGUGAGACUCGGGCGGAUGAUACACGAGUAUGCCGCGAUAUAUCUGACGGCCGGGAUCGAGAACCUUCUGGAAGAGAUACUGCUACAGUGCGUGCCAACCGAACCGCAUACGACCCUUACGGCGACGAUGCUCGAGCACGCUAUAGCCAACAGCGGCGACUUAUGGGGGCUGCUGCAACCGUACGCACACCUCAACGCUGGUCGAACGGCAUCAGGCGCACUGGCGAUGCCUCGUUGGGCCAGUGUAAGUUCCUUAAACUCAUCAUCAUCAUCGCGAAGCGGACGAGACGCUCAAUCGGCUCUAGAGCCGUCGCUGCUCACGACAUGUGUGGGAUCGAUGUCAGAAUUGAUAGACUUGAUUUCGAAGGUAGCACAGACAGGACGCUGUCCCGUACCGCUGACAACAAGAGCGUUGCAUGCUCUGUUCUAUUACAUGAGAUGUUCACAGUUGGAGCACGGUGAGCGUGGUUCCGGCAUACAAGAGUUAGCGUACGAACGAGCUUACGUGGUGUUGCCGCCACUAGUAGAAUGGUUACGGAUUGGCGCAGCCCACGCGGAACACAGACACGGUCUCGUCGUGGACCAAGAUGAUAUCAAUCAAGCUGCCCGAUUACUGUUGCCCGGUGUGGACUGUCCUGUCCGCCCAAUAAGCUCGGAGGAGAUCGCAGUGUGCUCAAAGCGCAUCGACGACGCCGAGUACGUCCGACUGUUGACCGUAGACAUGGCGUUCAAGAUGUUGUGCAGCGGACGAACGGAUCUCAUAGCGCAAGCGAUGUCGCUGCUGCCUUCGACGAAAAUCAACACGGUGAACGACGCCGGGUUCACCGCUCUGAUGCUGGCGUGCAUCAACGGCGACGAGUCAGCCGUGGCAGCUCUAUUGGACGCUGGAGCGGACUUGAAUGUUGAGAGUCCAUCACCCACGGCGACUUCGUCGUCGAACACGCCUUCUAAGAUCCCUCAGGCGUCCGGUGUGCCGAACGUUCGAAGCCCGAUCAACCAGUCGGCGAUGAUGAUGAUGCCUAACAAAACGUCAUCAAGCGCAAGUGUACCGUCCGGUAGUCUCAGCAGUUCUGGUACAACUGUGCCAAGUGGUACUUGCUGUGCGCAAAUUGCCUUUAAUGCGGAGACGCAACACUGGACCGCCCUGACCUACACAGCUCUGCUGGGUCACUGCAACAUCGGCAGAAUAUUGCUGGAGAGAGGUGCUGCGGUAGAAGGCGGUGCGAAGCUCAGCGAGGACAAGUGCACGGUCACCCCUCUGCAAGCGGCCACGGCAUCAGGGAACAACGAGAUGGUGGCUCUGCUCCUGGCGCAUGGCGCGCAGCCGUUUCUGUCGACUCUGAUCAAGGACUCAUUUUCUUAUUCGGGUUCCGCGCAACGUGGUUGUUACAGCGCAAUCUCGGUAGCGACGGCGCACGGCCAGAGAAGCUGUCUUCACCAACUGCUGUCACAUCCACUCAAUUUCUCGGCUAAACGAGGAGAGAAAGAAAUAUUGUCCUUGGAAGAGAUAUUAGCGGAGGGUAACGCCGGUGCGAAUCCUCAACAACAAACUGCUGAAGGAAGAGGAGCUCGCAGAGAAGGCAAAGAACCAGUAUUUAGUAAAAUACAAACGAAAGCGCUGCAGGAAGCGAUGUACCAUAGCGCGGAGAGCAAUCAUUUAGAUAUUACGAUGGAACUUCGUGGGUUGAAAGUUGGCUGGACGCUACAUUGCUGGAUGCACAGCCUCGCGACAGCUCACGAGAUGCGGCUGGACUCGGUUAUAGAUCAAUUACUUCAAGACUUUCUUCAAGUCUGUCCGGACGAUUAUUCCACACAAUUCGUGCAGGAAUGUCUACCACUUUUAUUCAACAUUUUUAGAUAUAGUAAGAAGGAAGGUACAACGCUUUUGCUCGCUGAUAUAUUUUGCACAUGCUUCGGCUGGGAACCGAUCAAGCCAAUUAGAGAUACCACAUUGUCGAGCGGCUCAAGGAUCGAUCCAAAAUUUGUGAACAAUCCCGAGUUGAGUGACGUACAAUUUCGAGUGGAAGGUCGCGUUUUCUACGGCCAUAAGAUUGUGCUAGUUACGUCCUCUCCGAGGUUUAGGAACAUGUUAAGUUCUAAAUUGUGCGAAGGCAAUCCUCCCAUCGUGCAGAUUAAUGACAUAAGAUAUCACAUAUUCCAGAUGGUUAUGGAAUUUCUUUAUCACGGUGGUUGUGCUACUUUAGAAGUUAAUCAGAGUGACGUCCUGGAAUUAAUGGCGGCAGCCAAUUUCUUUCAACUCGAUGGCUUGCUCAGAUACUGUGAAGCACAGUGUUCCACAAUGGUGGAUCUUGAUAACAUCGUUUCUAUGUAUAUUCAUGCAAAGGUAUAUAAUGCGGCGCAGCUCUUAGAAUACUGUCAAGGAUUUCUGCUGCAAAAUAUGGUAGCUCUCUUGACGUAUGACGAUUCAGUGAAGCGUUUGUUGUUUGCGAAAAAGUUACCGAAUCACGACGUCCUCGCGGGUUUAUUGCUCACUCUGCAAUCGCGAAUAAAAGCCAGGCGGUCUCAACAACAAAACAAAGUAAAGGCUUAGAGGUAUAUUCAGUUCUAUAAUUUAAAAUAUACAUAAAAAUGACGGAAACAUCAUCGAAUUAUAUUGCGGAAAAGAGAUAAACGCUGAAAUAAUUUCGGUUUCUCAUUUUCGGAAAUAAGAAAAUAAUUGGAUCUUGUACUAACACUGUACGUGCCUCUAUUCUUAUAGAGUACAUACUUAUAGAUAUUAAAUGUCAAAAAUAUCGUAUAAUUGAAAUUUUUAUAAUACCGAUACGUACGUGCUUUCACAACAUGCUGCUAAUGAUGUUAGAUUGAUACAGAAAUUGAUUUUCGUUUCAGUUAUUAUUACAUGAAACCAACCGAAAAAUAGUUUUGUAAUGUAAAAUAUAUCAUUUAUAAUUUAUAUUUUCGAUAUCGAUUGUACUCUGUGCAUAAGAAAUAUGUAUUGAUAACUCUUUAAUGAUCGAGAAUAUUAUUGGCAACAUUGAAUAUUUAACAUUCCAAAAGAACACAGAGAAGGAGUUUUGUUACAUUAAUAUACGAAUAUGAAAGGAUUAGAGUCCUGAAUUGCUAAGAGAGCAAAUUAAUAUACAUGUAUAUUAAGCUAAAAAUUCUAAAGCACAUAUACAUGUACUAUAUUUAUAAGUAAUAUAAGAAUAUAUAUAAAUAUAUUGCCAAGUUUGGCAAGAAAGUUGUGCUAGCCCCUUUAUUAUAAAGUAUGGAAUGUAAAUAGAAGUAUAUUGUUAUAAUUAUAUGUUUAAUUAUAAUUAUAAUGUAGACCUGGAAAAUUUUAUAUGAUUUCUUACAUUUGACGUGUAUAUCCGACUUUUUCUAUUAUUAAAUGAGUUUUCUGACAACAAGUCUGAUUACUUAUACAUAUAUAUAUAUAUAUAUAUAUGUAUAUAUAUUCUAUUAGAAAAAUAAGUCUAUCUUCCCACAUUAUGUACAAGCACUAUAAAAACACAAGUUUGUUGAAAAAUAAUAGAAUAUUUGACAAACUUUAUGAAUAUUAACGUAAAUAUAAUAAUAUCCACUUAUUUUUAAAGUAAUGCAAAUGGAGUUAUGAAGUAUAAUAAAUUUCAAAGAUGCAUAACGUUAUCGUUGGUGGCAAUUAAAAUUCUUACCACUUUUAAAAUAAAUGAUUCCUAGUAAGAAUCUUGUGGAAUAAAAAUUGUUUCGAUAUUUUUCUCUUUGUUGGCAGACAUAAAUGUCAAUAAAAGUAAAUAUUUGAAUUCUGUACAUUGUGCGUGCAGUAGUUUUUCCUCUUCAUACAUUUUAUUCUUAUUUACAGCACAGUAUCGCAGAUUAUACACUUCUUAUAUACUUUUAUAUGUUUCAAUGCAAUUCGAUGUGUAUAUAUAUCCAUAUCAUAUAUAUAUAUAGGGUAUAAAAAAUUGUUUUAUUUGCAAAGAACAGAACAUAAUUUAAUGCCUAAUAUCAAUUUAGCACAUACAAAUCAACAACGAUAUAAUAAAGCUGUUAUAUUUUGACACCAAGCGCAAGUAUUGAUAUCAAUGUCAUAGCACUAUUUAUUUAAAUGAUAUUAAUGUUAGUUGUAUAUACAAUAUUCAGAUUAUAAGCUUAAUAAUUAUAUGUUGGACUUUUAGGAUCCGGAAUGCCUAAUAAUCAUAUCAAAAUUGAGUAAUCAUGAGAAAGUGGCUGUCUCAAUCAAAUAUCCUUAUCCUUCUUCCUUUUACCUAUCGACGUAUAAUCUUUAGUGUUGGCAUCUCCUUUAAUAAUAUAACUGUAAAGAAGCAUUGAUCGAUAUCACCUAUGCAAUAAUGCUUUGAAUGUUGAAGAGAACUCAGGAUACACGAAUUAAUACGUUGCAUAUUUGUUAUGCUGCACAUGUAAUAUGUCCUCAUUGAAUUUUUGAUAUAACACUAUUUUAAGAUACUUAUGAUACUUUUACGAUACUGUUGUCCAAGAAAAUUAUACUGAUGCAACUUGCAAUUUGAACGAAAUUACUGUUUGUAAGAAGAGUGAAAUGUUUUAGAAAUAGAAGGUAGAAAUUUAAAUUUAGAUUGAAAAAAAUUGCAUUUAAAACGUAUAACGAGUUGACAAUAAAAUGGCAAUUCGGAAAAUACCGAGAUGGGAUUUUUAUGUAUUAUUAACUAAAGUAUCAAUCUACCUUCGCUGUAA